GAGUAAACACUCAAAAAGAAGCAUUAGAGCUUGAGUUAGUGAGUGAGAAAAGAGAGAGAUGGCAAAGUGGUUUAUCAUGGCAGUGCUUGCCGUAGCAGUGGUUCACACCACUGCAAGGACUGUGCCUAGUGAUGCUGGUCUCGAUGACCAAAAGAACAUCGUCGGCUUUGGCGGGCUCGGUGGCUUCGGCGGAGUCGGUGGUGUUGCAGGAGUAGGUGGUUCUGGACUGCCAUUUGGUGGACUAGGUGGAGUCAGCGGACUUGGCGGAGGAAUCGGUAGUGCAGGUGGACUGAGUGGGACAGGAGGGCUCGGCAGCUUGGGUGGCUUGGGUGGCACCGGUGGUCUCGGAACCCUAGGCGGCAUAGGCAGUGGAGUGGGCACCGGUGGUGUACUCGGUGGUCCUGGUGGUGGCGCUGGUUCUCUUCCUUUCCCUUGAAUUUGUCGUGAUCAUGGUUCUCAUUUUAGGUUUAAGUUUAACUUCUACCAGUAAGGGUUAUGGAGUUGAGUGUGUCGUGUGUGUAAGGUGGUUCAUGUUUUUAGUUUCUUAUUGUUCUUCAUGUCUUUGCUUCAGAUUCCGUUGUCAUGUUCCUUUAGUGGAGAUUUAAUAUAACCUUUUUUUGUUGUGUUUUUUCAA